GGAGUAACCACUGUCCCAAGGAGACAAGUUGCACAAUUCAAAGGAAUGGUAAAAUAUGGACUUUUACAAUAUCUUCAAAAGAAGCAGUCACAUAUUCUUCCUAUUCAUCAAUGAAUGUUCUCAAACAAGGCGAAGCACAUUCUGUUGAUGGUCUAGCUUGUAGGCCCUGCUCCAGGAGAAUCUCGCGGAAGGCGUCAAAUGAUUUCGCCAAAGCUGUCUAUUCGAUGAAUUCGAUCUCGGGGCUCCGCAGUCUCCGAGCUGGACCCCACUUCAACUGACCAAGUAUCUCUACUACUACUUCUACUAACACUUCUAUCAAGACUGCUCAAGAUGAAGGCAGAAUACACCCAGCCAAACUUCAAAGUCUCCUUCCCAAGCGAAUAUGUCCUGCACGUCCAAAUCGACCGUCCAAAGAAACUCAACGCCUUCAACGACGCACUCUGGUACUCCCUCCGCGCCAUCUUUGACGCAGCAGCCUAUGACGAAGAUGUCCGCUGCAUUGUCCUCAGUGGGAAUGGCAGAGCAUUCACAGCUGGCCUCGAUAUCGAGCAAGCGAGCAUUGUUCAAAAAGAAGACUUGCCAGACGCUGCACGCCAAGCAUUCAAGAUGCGUCCACACAUUCUCGAUUUCCAAGAUGCCAUUACGAGUAUUCAACGUUGUUUGAAACCUGUGAUUGCUGCUGCACAUGGCAUCUGUUAUGGUCUUGCUAUUGACAUCUUGUCUGCGUGUGAUAUCCGGUAUGCGAGCAAUUGUGCACGUUUAUCCAUUCGUGAAGUCUCCAUCGGUCUUGCUGCGGAUAUUGGCUCGUUGCAGCGAUUGCCGUAUGUCGUUGGUAAUAGCUCUUGGUUGCGCGAUAUGGCCUUGUCGGCGGAUGAAUUUUCAGCGGAUGAAGCACUCAAGCAAGGCUUGCUCUCGCGUGUGUUUCAGGGUCAACAAGCAACCAUUGAUGGUGCGCUGCAACGGGCUAUGCUGAUUGCUGAAAAGUCGCCUGUUGCUGUGCAAGGCACCAAGUACCUGCUUGACUACUCGCGCGAGCAUACUGUUGCAGAAGGUCUCGAGAUGUCUGCUGUCUGGAAUGCCAACAUGCUACAGACCAAAGACAUGAAGGACGCCAUCACGGCCGUCUUGCAAAAGAAGAAGCCAAAGUUUCACAAGUUGUAGAGUCAAUUAGCUGCCUAUAAGCGCUUUCAAAUGAGCUUCUUGCGCUGGAAGAAGGAACGCAGAUACCAAACUUGCCAGACACCACUCGCCAGCAGAGUCACCAUACCAAGCACAGCGAAUCCCUUGACGCGCUCAUUUGUUGAUUCAUUCGUGUCCCGCAACUUUGCCUCUCGUUGCUUCAAGUACUCCAUCUCACCCACGAUAUGCGAGAGUGUCUCCUCUGCCCUUCGCAAAUCUCCCUCCAAGGGCUGUAGCUUUUCUGCUUUUUGAAUGGCAGCCCAGUCCAUGGCAUCAGCACCAAUAUCCACAUCCAACUCCACAUGCCUCACUGCACCCUGUU